UAGCAUCCAAGUGGAUUAGUCAAAGUAACUAGCUUAGAGAUAUUGGGAGAAAUAUACAGUACUUAUUAUUUGAUCACUCCCAAGGGAAGUACAUGUGGAGGAAUUAUUAUUCAGACAAAAAUUCAUGGAAUUUUCCUGGUUAUUUAAUUUUUCUUCUUUGUAUUAUACAACAGGGCUAAGAACAGAUGGUAGAACAUAAGUAUGCAAUGACGUUAUUGAAGGUAUUUGAUUUGAAAAGCAUUUGGUGAGCUAUAAAGAAAUGGACUUAUCCAACCUUCCUCCACUCCAAGGGCAAAUUGCGAAGGCUCGGAGUUCUGUGGAAUUCCAUGACAUAGGUGCAGGAAUAUCUGGGUAUCUUUAUGACAGAGACAAUCACCAGGAUGAAGAUCCGUGCCAGGUUAAAUCAUUCAAUGAGAAUGAUGGGGAAGAAGCUGUUAAAUGCCUGCGGAGAUGCUUUCAGGUAUUGGAACCAGGAUAUCACAUAGCAAGAAGGGGACCGGAUCAUGGAGGUUCCAGCUUCACUCAUUGUCGGCACUCGACGCAGAUUGGACGUCGAUAUGUUAACCUACGUCAGACAUUAGAGGAACGAGCUCGCGUGGAACUCAUGAGAGACUGUUUGUAUCGGUUAAAAUUAUCAAUCACUUUUGUGCGUGAUUUACAGCAAUUAGUUAUGGAGGAGCAUAAAAUUUUAUAUAAAAUUACGCAUGAUUGUGUCGAUGAAUUUCCCGUUAGUAAAAUUUUCUGCCUUAAUGCUUUAUGUGAAGAUUUACGAACUUUAAUAGGUCAUUGGAAAUGUAUAAAACAAAAACUGCACACAAAUCGGUGGCUACAACCGGUUCUCGGUUCAUUACAUUUUCAGCUCGACCGUAUAAAAUUAUCAUUGAUACAUUUACAAAACAAAGCUAUAUGGUGGCUCGAAAAGUUUGUUCAGAUAGGUUUACAAGUUUUUGCUCAUGGAAAUGUGGACGCCUUAACACAUGAAAUGAUCUGGAAUAUUACGCGUGGUCUCGAAGAUCUGAACCGAAUUAUAAAUGGUUUACAACAUGACAAUCAUUCAUCUACCUCUAAAAUAGGCCUAAAAUCUUUUUGUACUCAACAUAUAAGUGCUUUAAGUCCUGAUUCUACAAACUCUGUAGCCAAUAUCGGAGAACAUGUUAAAGCUAUUCCGUUUUCGAGGGUGCUAAGUAUAAUUGCCAAUGAGAGGUCAAGAUAUGCAGCUCUUGAAACACACCGGUUUUUUACGACAAAUCACGAAUUUGUGAAACUUCUUUAUUCAGGAAAAUUACCGAACUUUGUUUGGACGGAGGAAUCUAGUCAUGUUAAUGAACGAGCUGAUAAAGACACAUCAGAUUAUCAUACUGCCACUGGUAGCAUGACCUCUCUUAGUGCAGCUAUACUAAAGGUUGGCAGUAUACGCGCACCUGAUUUGUCAGACUCGGAAUCUCCCUUAGUGGAACUAGCUAGACGAGAACACUCCUUUGCUGAAAACUUUCUACUAAUUGUGUGCAAUUCGACGAACCUUUUACGGAGAAAUGACCAUCAGAAAUCGAGGCGAGCUGUCAAGUACAGUCAGAGUAUGAUAAAUUCGGGUAAACCUCCACGUGGCGAUACACCCGUGCUUUCUAGAAGUGAUUCUUUGAGGAAGUCGGUCUCCUGGGGUGAUUCUGCAGACAGCUCAAUAAAGUCGCAGCUUACAUCAAGGUACAUGGAUUCAUAUUGGAACCAUUUUGGAACCAGUUUAUACAUGAUGUUUUAUGAACCAUGUUGGGUACGACAGAAGUCGCUGUAUUUCUCCGAGAUUGGUAGUGUUUUAAUGCUCAAUACCACAGUGAUAGCCCUUGUCAAACAUAUGAUUCAACAUGUCUGCCUCAAAGUAUCACCACCUUUAGACAAGGAUUCAACUAGCCAAUCAGAUUUGUUCCCACCUGGUAGUGUCAUACCAAUGUUAAAUGCAGCUAGAAAAUGUCUCCAUACUUCAGCAUUUGGAGCCUGGGAUACAAUGAUGUGUGAAGCACUAGCCUCUAAUAGACGUGACAAAUGUUACCCCUGCCCUCUAGUGGACGGAGAUUACAGUACGAGAACCGGAAUGCUAUUACGAGAUACGUACCAACCGGUGCUCAACCUGCUCAGAGAAAACCUCGGUGAAAACACUGAUCCGGCCCCAGGGGGUUUACCGGCAUCUGUAAAUGAGAUGGUUGCCGUGGCAUCAAGACUGGUGGCGACAUCUAGUGUAUCGUUGCUAUGGUGUCGUAAUAAAACACAUCAGUAUCUGGCAUCAAUGGCCGUUGGUAACUUCCUGCUCAUUUCGCAAACUGACUUAAAGAUUUUGAUUGACGAGUCCCGAUCUGCUCUGUACCAAACGCAGAUGGUAUCCAAGUCACUGUCAUCAAAAGUAGGUCAAGAUUCGGUCAUAGGAUUAGGUCAGAUUGCAAACCAGCUCAGUACCAUAAUGGACAGUCUACAGGGACUGUCUAGCCUUAGUAUGAAACAAUUCUCAAGAAAUUGUACGAGUUCUGCGAUGGAAUAUUUCAAAGGCAAUAUGCCAGUUGGAAAAGUGUGGAGGAAAAAACCAGAAGCAGAAGUACCUAGAGAUCACAAUAUAUACAUAGAACAUGCCUUAGAGACCAUAUUAGAGCCUAUUUUAGAGGGUGUUAGCAAGUUAAAGCAGACGGUACAACUCAGUGUUAUCUCCAUAGCAACUGAGGCACUGUGUCAGGCAUGGAUGUCAUUUAUACUUCAGGAAAAAAUCAAAUUUAGUUACACAGGGGCAUGCCAACUAGGUUGUGAUGUAAAGUACAUGAAGUCAUGGUUACAUCAGAGUAUUGUCAUGGAAACGGUACAACAAAGCAUUCUAGAUCUGCCAGUACUAAAAACACUCAGUGGUGUUGUGCUUAUCCUAAUGAAGCAGCCAUUCAAACGAUCUUCCAGCAAGUUCAGGGGAUCUGCGUCUGAAAACAGUGAAGACAAUUCAAUGGAUUAUAUUCAAGGUGAGAGAUCAGUCUAUGAAAGUGAGGACAAAAUUAGCCAUGUGUCCAAUCCAAACGAAUGGCUGGCACUCAGAGUUCAGGGAACCGGCCGAAGCUGGAGAGGGAUUUCAUCAUGUUUAAAUCCAGAUCCUCAAUAAUGAUAUGUCAAUUGGUACAACAAAGGGAACCAAUGGAAACUGGAAUUGGGUUUCAUCUCAGUAAUGAUUGGUUAAUUUCUAGAACAAAUGGAAACCAUGGAAGCAGGAAUUGAGUUUCAACUUGCCAUAGCACCAUCUGCAAAGAAGAUUUUUUUUUUUGUACAAGGAUUUGAUAUUUUAAGGAAAGACAUACAUCUUUGUCGUAAUUAAUAUCCUUUGUAAUUUGCGGAAGAUUUUUUUUGUAAGUUAUAUUGAAUCAGUGGCAGCUAGAUAUGAAUUUCAUCAUGUCUAAAUUGAGAUAUUCCUGAAUGUUUUUCUUUUUUCUUUUGGUACAUUGGGAAUUAACAAUUUCAAGGAGAAUCUUUGUAACCAGGCCUGUGUUGAACUUCUCUUGGUAGAGUAUAGAAAUUUAACAGAUUUAAGGCAUCAAGAACCUUGCCAGUUUUUGCAAGCACUGUUUAGAUAAAUAUACAUGUAAAUGAAAUGUUCAUACAUAAUUGUGUUUAGAUCCAUAACAAUGGGAGGAAUUAGAUUUUAGGGAACCAGGUGUACCUGCCUUAGCCUCAGUUUGAAUACUUGAUAUUGAUUGGCUAGCUUUGAUAUUACUAGGAAUCAAUCAAAGAGGAAGUGAGGUCAGUAUAUUUGAUGCAGCAGAAGAAGGGAGGAACACAUUAUAUUGCUCAGAAAAACUGUAUGUCACAAAGCUGAGAUUUAUCACAUUAUGCCAGUACCUUGUAAAUUUUAUAUUUAAAUUUCUUAUUUAUUUCUAAAAAAUGUCCAUACUUUGGCAAUCUUUAUAGAAUUUGAAAUCUACACAAUGUAGUUAAAUUGAAGGAAAGUAGAGCUUUUGCUUUUUAGUUUUUGCUUGUGGCUUUUCAUAGAUCUUUGUCUUCAUUUUUUGUUUACAAAUUAUUUUUUUGUCAUUACAUGUACUUUAUGUAUGAAAGUUAUUUUUUAUACAGUUGAUAUCACAUGUACAUUAUGAAUAGAAUUCUUAAUAUUAACAUUUUACUGUUGUAAGCCUAUUGCUCACUGCUGUUAUUGCUAGAUGGAUAGAUAGGAAUAUUUUCCUAUUUUAACCUAUUUUUAGAUCAUAUAAUCAACUUAAUUUUCAGAGUCAGAAAUUACAUUUGACUUAUUAAACACAUAUUUUUUGCUGUAUCAAAAUCAGACGUAACUAAUGUGGAAAAAAAUUUAUUGCAGAAGAUGUGCCAUAACUAUCACAUGACAUAUAUGUGCUGCAUUUAAUAAGUGCUAUAACUCACUUCAUAAAAAUCAUAUCUUAACUAAAACUGUAGAUUCUGCGGAAAUGGGCAGAGACUUGAAUGUCAAUUUCGAAAAUGUAUCAAUAACUGUCAAUGUAUAGUCUUUUAUGUAGAACUGACUUUCAAAUUAA